GUACGCUUCUGUGGACUUGGACAUUCCGGUAUCGCAACCACCGCUGGAAGGUCAGCUCGCGACAACAUGGACGGCUCUACCAACGGCUCGUCCCGUCGAGGUUCACAAUGGCUACCGCAAGCUGACCUCGAAUACUCAUAUGACGACAACGGCCAAGACGACGACGGAGGCAAUGGCGAUGAUGACGGCGACGGUGACGACGGCGAUGGCGGUCGCGACUCUAAGCGCAGGAGAAUCGCGCGAGCAUGCGACAUGUGCCGGAAGAAGAAGAUCAAAUGCGAUGGCAAGAUGCCAAAGUGCAGUCACUGUGAAAGUUACAAGACGGAGUGCGUCUUCACGCACGUGGAAAAGAAGCGGGCCCCACCCAAGGGUGCCAAAUACAUUGAAGGUUUGGAAAAUCGGCUAGGCCGUAUGGAAAGUCUGCUUCGUCUGUCAGGAUUACUGGCGGAGGACGAUGGUGGGCGGACUGAUUUGGGAACCCUGGAGAAGCGACUUGCAGAGCGGCGCGCAAAGGCUGACGAGGCCAGUCCUCUGUCGCCACCGGGUGCGAAUAGCUCUAGUAAGGAUGGAAGUACUCCCACCUUAGCAGGAGACCCGCGAGACAGACAAGAAAGCACUACCACCAUCGGCACUGCCGGUCUCUCGGGCAGUGCGGAGUCCAACAGCGACGGGCCGACGAGAAAGAACGGAAAGGAGGUAGACGCGCUCGCCGAUCAGAUGUGCAGUCUCAUAACCAACCAGUGUGGUGAGACGAGAUACAUUGGAUCAUCUUCCGGUUUCAGCAUUUUUAGUCCAAAAGGCAUACAAUGGGUCAACGAGAAGACUGGUGACACUGGCUUUCAACACAUGAUCGCUUCGGCCAAUGACGACCAAAAAGGCGGUUGGGAUCAUUGGAAACCGGAAGUCUUCGACGACUUGUUCGAGCGGAAAGUCUUUAGAGCGCUGCCUCCGCGCCAGGAAUGCUACGCACUACUGAAGGACUAUUUUGAAAAUUUCAAUUGCAUGUUUCCGCUCUUCCAUGAGCCCACUUUCAUGCAUCUAGUGGACAAGCAGUACACCCUCCAACCGUAUGAGGGCUCUGGGUGGUGGGCGAGCUUGAAUGUGGCGCUUGCCAUUGCGCAUAGGUUGCGCGUGAUGAGCAACGUCGUCAGCCAUGAAGAAGACGAAGUCGCCUGGGGCUAUCUCAAAAACGCCAUGGCCGUCAUGUCGGAGCUCACAUUGCGCAAUACCGAUCUCUUUUCCGUUCAAGCUCUGCUCGGCAUGGCAUUGUUCCUACAAGGUACACCUAACCCGCAACCGUCGUUCUCCUUGGUCGCCGCAGCAAUCCGCCUUGCUCACUCGAUCGGUCUCCACAAACGCGGCUCGGGUUUCAACCUGAACGACGUUGAAAACGAACAGCGCAAGCGCGUUUUCUGGAUCGCGUACUGUCUCGACAAAGACAUUUGUUUACGGUCAGGGCGACCACCAGCGCAGGAUGACGACGACAUGAAUGUGGAACUUCCCUCCGAGAAUCCGCCAGACAAUGUAGGAAACAUUCCACUAGCCCAGGAAUCAGAAGGCCGCCGGACAAUGAAUCUUUUCCGAUUGAUGUGUAGAUUCGCAGAGAUCCAAUCGCGGGUCUACAAGCAAUUAUACUCUGUCCGGGCCAGUCGACAGACUGAUGGGCAACUGCUAAACACAAUCGGUGACCUGGACGCGCAGCUUGAGGAAUGGAAAGACAGUAUUCCGUUGGACUUUAGGCCCGAGCACGAGAUCAAGGCCGCUCACACUCCGCUCAUCUUCCAUGUGGUGGUCUUACACUUUGCCUACUACAACUGCCUAACAACCAUUCACCGCAUGAGCGUACAUCACGGUUAUUGGACGAGCCGCCUCAGCGACUAUGCAUUGCAGGGUCUCAACGCGCGACCUCUGAAUCCACGUGUCUUCAUGAGCGCUGCACUCUGCGUGAACGCGGCUCGGACGAGCAUCGGUCUCAUUCGAUACACACCACAGGGUGACUAUGCUUGUGUCUGGCUCAUUCUUUACUAUCCCGUCUCUGCACUCGUUACCCUCUUCGCCAACAUUCUACAAAAUCCCCAAGACGCCCGCGCACGAUCAGAUCUGAAGCUCAUGAGUAGUGUAGUGUCAUUCCUGACUAUGCUUGAACGCGACAUCAUCGAAGCCAACAGCAACGUGCGACGCAUGUUAUCUGUCUGCGCCGAAUUCGAACGAAUCGCGAGCGUCGCGCUCGACAAGGCAGAACGUGAGAUGCGCGGCCGAGGCAAGCGGAAGCAGGCCGAGCGCGAACGAGAAAAGGCCAUGAAGGAGGCUGGAAGCGGCAAGGUAGCCAUGGGUCUAGAGGAAGGCAAAACGCUUGAACAGAUGCAGAUUGAGACCCAAGCUGCGUACCGUCGACCAGUGGACACCGCAAGUCUGCGAGCAGCAAGUGCUACCGGCAGUGUCAACAGUGGUAGUCCCGCGGCCAGUUGGCAAGCUGGUUCACCAACUGGCGCUGGGCCGGAGUUCUUAUCACCAUCGCAUCCUCCGCGGCAUCUUCAGACCUCGCCGCUGCACCAACACAGCGGCCAACACUUGAAUGGCAACUUCAUGCCACCGCAACGACCAAGCUCGAGUAAUCCGCCGCAACAGCAGCAACAGCAACAAUCAUCACAGCACUAUGGCUUCUCCCCCACACAAGCCAACAUGCCUACUAAUGGAUUUUCACCCCCCGACUUCAACACACUUCCUUCACAGCCGCAUCAAGCACAACAACAACGUUCCAACGGCGCACAUUUCCGUCCUCAACAACAAUCACAGCCACAAAUCUACUCGCCCACUUCCAGCAACACCGACCAGCAAGUCAAUGGCAGCAACGGCGAGCACUCCAAUAGCAAUUUCGGCAUGACCUUUGGCGCCUCACCCACGAUGGGCAACGGAGCCUUCCAACAGCCCUUCCUACCUCAGGACCUCUGGCAAAUGCCUAUGACUCUUGAAUGGGAUUGGGCGGAGGGCCUGGGUCUUGGAAGCUUCACUCCAGGUCCAAUGUUCGACGCCCCGAACCCAUAUCAUGAUGUCGCCGGGCAGGGGAUGUCGGAUCUAUCAGGAUCACAUCUAUCGGGACAGCAACAUGGGAUGGGACCGCCGCCGCCGCCGAUGUAAUCGGUCGAAUUUCGCUUUACGGGAAGGCAAUGUUUAUGAUUGAGCGAGCGAGCGAAUCGGAUUUCUUUUGUGGCGUUCAUCGGUUGGGCUCAUGACUUGAAAGGAAAGGAGAAUGCAGCAUCUCCGGUCUAUGGAUGCGAUACCGCGUCUGAUUGCUUUUUCUUGCGGUCUGGUGUUUCGCUGUAUCAAUGCACAGUGUGGUCUCUGUAUGAGGAACAGAUUAUCGAGGGAAAGUCUUCGCUCAGUUUCACGAAAGAUAUCUGGCGAGGUCGAUAUCCUAGAAGAACUCGCCAUCCUUGAACGAAUAUUAUGACUAUAUGUACGAUCAAUCCACACUCUUCACAAAAUUGGUCUUGAUACAAUCGACUUUCGCUAGCUCGCGUCGUCUUCGCGGGACUGUGAAGAUGAACGU